GAGGUGAUUGAUGUCAACGACGUUCCAAUAAACAUUCAUAUUUCUAAUACAAAUGUGGAUGAGAAUUUGGACGAUUUCCUGAUCGGUUGUUUCAGCACCGACGAUGAAGAUCCGACACACAAUCACACUUACACACUGCAGGACGAUUUUCCCGGUCGCUUUGUUGUGUUUGAUAGCUGCCUCUACACGUCAGCGACGGCCGAUUUCAACUACGAGAUGCUCAACGAGAUAAACGUUACAGUUCGCUCCGCAGACGAUGGCAAACCAUCUUUGUAUCGAGAGGAGUUGUUUACAAUAACGAUAUUAGAUGUCAACGAACAUCCGUCGAUAAUGACUACAUCACAUCUCAAGAUGCCAGAGAAUAGUCCAGUAGACAGCGUCGUCGUCGUCGUGAAUGUCCACGAUCCGGACAAUGACGGACCAAAAGGAAAAUGGCAGAAGUACAAUUGUAGUGCGAUUGACGACGCAAGUGGACGAUUUGUAGUGAAGGGCAACGUUCUCAGAGUUGCCGCAAGUGACUUAAAUUACGAGAUGAAUACUUCUCUUUCCGUCGUCAUCCGUUGCACCGACACGGGCAUUCCAACCCUCUAUGAUGAUCGCAAGUUCACCAUACAAAUCUUGGACGUCAACGAGGCACCAGAUAGAAUCAUAAUGACGGGAGGAAAAUUUCCAGAAAACACGGCUGCAGGAGUCGUAGCUAAGUUUUAUACAAUCGAUCCAGAUGACCAACUGACAACCAGAGAGAACUUUACGUACAUCAUACUGCAUACAAAAGAAGGGUUACCUUUUGCCAUCGAGAACAACGAGCUGGUCACAACAAAGACGCUAAAUUAUGAGGAGACGCCAUCUUGGAAGAUAACGGUGACGUCAAUAGAUCACGGAGGCUUAUCCAUAACAGAAACAUUCCAAAUAUCUGUAAUUGACUUAAACGAUGUACCGACUGACGUCGGUCUUGCAGGAAGUCUGUCUCUUCCAGAGAGCAGCAGUGCUCGUACAUUUGUCGGAUCGGUUUAUGUAGUCGACCAAGAUGUGAACCAAACAUAUCAAGUGUUUCUGUUAAAUGUGACAGCAGGUCUUGGCAAUUCAUCUCUACGUCGUCUGCCGUUCUCUCUUGAUUCUACGACCGGUCAUUUGACGGUCUCUAGAGGUGCCGUUCUAGACUAUGAAAGCAUCCCGUACUAUAGUCUUCAAAUCAUCGCAAUCGACUCUGGAAUUCCUUCGUACAACGUGACAGGACACAUAACCGUGAGAAUUUCAAACAUCAACGAACAGCCCACUAACAUGUCGCUUGAUCGUGAAUACGUGUUGGAAAACAGUCGUGUAGGGACUGUUGUAGGUUAUUUACAUGUAACGGAUCCGGACAACUCCCGUAUCAAUAAUACUCAGUCCCAUACCUGCGUCGUUCUGCAACCAUUUAAUGCUCUUUUUAUGGUUACAAGUAUGAUGACUUUGACGGUUGCAAGCGAUACCUUAGACUACGAAGCGGAACAAUUUCAUAAUAUUACGCUUCGUUGUUUUGAUAACGGUCAACCUCAAUUGUAUGUGGACAAAGCAUUUACUAUUCGCGUUCUUGAUAUUAACGAGUCUCCUACCGACGUGGCUUUAAGCAAUUCCAAAAUUCCUGAAAAUUUACCGCCGUUUACUCUUGUCGGCGUCGUCACUUGUCGAGAUCCUGACAACGAGAUCAACCGCAGCCGUUCUUUUGUCGUCUUUAGUUUGAAUUCGAAUGGACCGUUUGUUCUUGUGAACGGCACCAUCUUACUGACGACCAGACAGUUGGACUUCGAGAAUAUAUCAUCAUAUAAUAUCACGUUGACCGCCACAGACGACGGAAUGCCACCUCUCAAUACGAUCGUUUUGGUAACUGUCCACGUGACAGACACGAAUGAUCAUCCUCGAUCUCUUCGUUUCGUCAGCAACGGCGUUCUGGAGAACUCUCCCGUAGGAACGGUAGCCGGAAGCUUUUCUGUCUACGAUGAAGAUAGAUUCCAGGAUCAUUCGUAUUCCAUUGCACAAGUCAUUGAUACAACGAAUCUCUUUACCGUUAUUAACAAUCAGUUGGUGGUGGUCGUAAGCGACGGACUGGACUUCGAGCAGAGUCCGAGUCAUACAAUGAUCGUACGCUGCACAGACAAGGGAACGCCGCGACUUUACGUCGAGGCUGAGAUUACUGUAGAUGUUCGUGACGUCAAUGAAGUACCGUCCGACAUCAUUUUCCACUCUGUCGGUUCGCUCGACGAGGAUGCUGCACCGGAAACUUCUGUAGCCAAGUUUGCCAUUGUCGAUCCCGACUUUAAUCAGACUCACGUCUGCCGCUUGCUCAACGGAUCGGAAUAUUUUCACAUUUUGCAAGGAGACGUUCCCGAGCUGCUGCUGUCACGUAAUGCUCAUAUCGAUUACGAAACGGAUCCUGACAUUUGGGUCAGGCUUCUCUGCACGGACAGCGGGAGACCUUCACUUAAUAUUGAGCGUUCAUUUCACAUCGUUGUGACUGACCGGAAUGAGGCGCUUACACAAAUCGUUUUUGAAGGUUAUGAAACGAUUCCAGAAAACAUUCCAAGUGGAACGGUUAUUGGUAAUCUGACGGUUGUCGACGAAGACAUCGGACAAUCUUAUAUAUUUCGAGUAAUUGGACGGUGGGCGUCUGCUUUCAAGAUAUCGAAGAGACAGUUGAUUGUGACCGAUGCAGCCCAGUUUGACUUUGAUCGUUUGGCUGUGCCAAUCAUCAAUGUUACCAUAUCUGUAUAUGAUGAUGGUUUGCCUUCUUCUUAUACUUAUGUUCAAACAUUUUUCUUCAAUAUUACAGGCAAGGCGGAGCCUCCAGUUAACAUUCGAGUAGCCGGCGGUGCGUGGAUUUACGAGAACAGUAGCAUUGGGGAGAAAGUAGGACAGUUGAUCUGUGACAACCCGGAAACAAAUGAAAUAGUCAUCUACAAGAUAGUAAGCAUUGAUGGAGACGAAAAUUCUAGGGAGUUCUACAUGAACGGAUCAAGUCUGUACUUGAAUACUACUCUACAAUAUGAUAAGAUCUUUACAUACGAGAUUCUAAUAUUGGCAGUAGACGACGGUUUCCCGCCACUUUCGUCCCAAGAGACUUUGUUUGUGACGGUGAAACCAAUAGAUCCGUGUGCUACGAACACAUCGGAAUGCCACAAAUACGCUACGUGCAAUAGACUGGGAUCAACGACGGCAAGCUGUCAAUGUCGAGACGGCUUUACAGGAGAUGGUAAACAGUGUUAUGACAUUCCUGAAUGUGAUUUGGAAUUUAUCUCUGCCGCUGCAAACAAAACAUCUCAAAACUUAUGUGCAAACGGCGGUACGUGUGUAGAUGGCAUAGGCAACUACAGCUGCAUGUGUGCUAGCGGCUGGACUGGUAGACACUGUCGCGAAGAGAUCGACGAAUGUUUAUCUUCUCCUUGUCUUUACGGGAAAUGUGAUGAUGAUAUAGGAAGAUAUUUCUGCUCUUGUAAGAAAGGAUUUACUGGAUCGAAUUGCGAAACUAAUAUCGACGAUUGUGCUUCACUUCCCUGUGAUUCUGGCACAUGCAUCGAUGGUAUAGACACGUUCACUUGUACGUGUCCGCCAUCCUAUAAAGGAUACCGCUGUUCUUUUCCUAUAGGUCCUUGUCAACAUGACACGUGCCCAGGACAAAUAUGUGUUCCUCGACCCACUAAGGGUAUAGAUGCUUUGUUGGGACAAAGAAAAGGUGCACGGCCAGACAAUAGUUCAUCAGAGAGAUACUGCACUGAUGAAAACUAUGUCUCCCACAUCAAAAUUCGUCUUCCUCCAGGUAAUGAUGGCAUCGGAACCAAAUUGGACGAUUACUUUGAGCGUCUUGUUGAAGAUAGUCUCAACGUUGCAUCUUUAAAUUCUUCCGGUACUAUGAUCAAAUUAUCAACUGUCUACAUCGUACACAAGGAAUCGAUAGGAGAGAGCGCAUUCGUUCACUUUGUUGUGAUUAUCGAUUGUGGACACAACACUACCAGUCGACUAUUGUCUAAUGACGAUGUUUAUGAACAUUUUUUCUCGAGUACACUGAAGCAUGACAAUGAUUUCUGCUCUAAGUUUACAACUCCAGGCACAUCAUCCGACCCGGAUGUCUCCUCCCUGGUUUCCUCCUCCCAUUUUUCUGUCAAAGAGUUCACAUUGCCCAUUGUUCUAUGCUUGGUUGCCAUUGCAGUCGUCGUUGGUGGUGCUUUGCUGCUACGCAUUUGGGUCGUCAAGAAGUCGACGAACGCCAGACCAGCGAUCACUGAAGGCACAAAUUAUUCAAUGAUGCGUUCAAGUCGUGGUGACCGGAUGAGGGAUAAUCCGAUAUACGGGGGACCAAAUGGUUGGUUCAAAACGGUCACGCAAAUAGACAACCCACUAUACGACAGUGAUGAUGAAGGCAGCGUGGAUUAUGAAUAUGACAACAACCCUAACUGUUAUAAUUAUCAUGGCGUCGGAAAUCCCUUGUUUUCAGAAGAGGAUCCGAGGUUGGCUGUCGGUAUUCUGUACCCUAAUCCUCUCUACGAAUCGUCUAUAGAAGGAAAUGAGACACAACAAGUCUGUAACAACCCUCUGUAUCAAAAAGUCAUCACUACUAGUAUUACAGACAACGAAAUAUACGAAGGAUCUGAGAACGUUUAUGAUAAUCCUCAAUCCGUUCGUGAUAGUGCGACCUGAUUGGCUUCAAUUUACCUCUUGUUGAAUGACAACCCUAAGCGGCAACUGUCUUUCUAUCAAUUUCUAUUAAUCAAUUAUUUUGUGUUAUAAUGGAAGAACAUGGCAGCUAGUGCAUGCGUGUUCGUUCAAUGUUACAGUCUUAUCUAGACUCUACAGACAGUCUCUUCUGUCCUAUAGACUUCAUGGUUGCUUAGUUAUUAAAUCUAGAGCUGACGUAUACGGAUAACUAUAUAGAAUUACUCUCCACACUGUUUUAUAGUUCA